GAGAGAGAGAGAGAGAGAGAUACUGGGAGGCAGCAAACAAUCGUAAUGAGAGCUCGUUCUAUAGCCAUUCUCAGUAGGAAAACUAAAACAAACAGAUAAACCAAAACAGUACCUAAUAAACUAUGUACUAAGUGUAUGGUUCAUUCAGUGAACAAACACCCCCUCUCCUCCCAAAUCCCUCACCCCUGUUUCUCUUACUUUACUUUUCAAUUGAUUUUAACCUCAGUGGAAAGAUCAAUGCCAUCCUUUUCCUCUCCAAGUCCUGUACAGCAAACUUGAGAAGGCCGAGCUGUAACAGAUGCAUGGCCGUUGAACCUCCACGAUUUACACCAAAUGCCGACGGGGCGGGCGGGGAAACAUGUUGAUUAACUCUGUCAAACCCUUGUGAUGGUAUCCAGGUGUGACGGAAACACACACUAGUUCUCUCGAAAGUGAAACGUGUUUCGUUUUUCACAAUUGCAUACCGAAAGUAUUCCUUCUAACAGGCGUAAACAGAAUCGUUGAUUUUUGGAAAAACCGUUUUCAUUGGAUUAAAUCUUACUACAGUUUGUGCAAAUUCUGAUUUGGAAAUUAAAUGGAUAUGCUUUGUGCCGUCGAAAUCGUGUUUGAAAUGGCAUGAAAUUGAUACGUGGGAGUUAACAAGCGCUGAUCACUGACGCUGGUUGAGUGCCAUGAGCUGCCAACAAUGUCUACUUCCGAUAUGACGCCAGAUGAGGAAGAAAGAAUUGAACUCCUCCACAAUGAGAUCCCCAAGCCGCAGGAGAUGGCAAGUAGGGGGGUCCCUAAAGCGGCCAAGCGGUCUCCCUGGAGUGGCAUGAUGGCGCGGCAAGGACACAGUGGCUCGCACAGGAUCAACAGGCUAAAACCAGGGAGCAGAUUCGUGCUCACAAAAGAUGGGCUGAGGAUGGCUUGCAGCUCCCAGGAGGAGCACGAUGACCAGGCCGCACUGCUAGAGCCUGACCGGAAGCGCCCAAUGACGUCACGCUACCUGGAUAUCACUCUGAUUCCAGACAGACCACCGGAACCCAGAGCCAUGUUUUCCAAGAAACUGGGAGCUCGGAUAGAACUCAGGAAGCAGUUGUUACUGCGUCGUCGGUGGCUUGUGGACCUAAUGCUGGCAGUAGCCAUCACAGGAAUCAUACUCAUGGUUAUAGAGAACGAGCUCUACUACAUAGAUACCUCAGCUGUGACAUCAUUCGCCACUUGGGCGUGUCUGGCCAGCGAGCUCCUGGUGUGUGCUGUCCACCCGUUCCCAGGAGACAUCAAGGCUUACAUGUCCACGAUUGGCGGGCACAUGGGGAAAUAUCACAUGGACGGCAUCCUCUCGGUGCUGAUGAUGUUCAGGCUAUAUCUCGUAGGUCGUUUUCUGGUGGUGCACUCCCCACUCCUAACUGACGAGUCCACGCAGACCAUCUCAGCAGUGAGCCACGUCAAGAUAUCCAUGUUUUUUGUUUUCAAGGCCGCCAUGAGCGACCACCCGGGCACGGUGAUCACCCUCACAAUGCUCUCUAUGUACACCAUCAGCGUGUGGGCCAUGCGCACGUGCGAGAUGUACUACACGAGCAUCGACGAGGCGCACAGCUUUACGGAGUCCAUGUGGCUCUCUGCCAUCACCUUCCUAACUGUCGGCUACGGAGAUCUCACGCCAGAAACUCACUGUGGGCGAUUUAUCGCUAUCGUCACCGGCCUUAUGGGGCUUGCGUCCACCGCCCUACUUGUCGCAGUCGUCGCUAAAAAGUUGGAGCAGACCAGAUCGGAGAGGUACGUGUUCAACUACCUGUCUCUCAUCCACCUGGAACACAAGCGGAAAGGUGCAGCCGCUGACGUAAUCAAGUUUGCCAUAAAGGUGUACACCUUGAAAAAGAUUCUGGCCCGACACAACAGCAAGAUGAACAGGAUGAACGUGACAUACAUGUCCUGGCGUUUAAGUAACUCCAUCCGUGCCAUGAGAUCGACGCGGGUAGCUCGACUUCGUGUGGAGGAAGCAUCAGUCGGUUUGACAGAGCUCAGUCAACAGGUUUCACAGACACAGUCGCUUAUCUCCAUGCUUGCAACGUCUCAGGGUCAAAUCCUGGACAAACUGACCGACCUGCAAGAGCGGGUAAGGGAGAGGGACUACGACGAAGAUAUCUUCAGCACGGAUGAGGGGACGGGGAAGGAUGACAGAGGAAGUCGUGACCCCGGGAAAGACGAGGCGGAGUCUGGUUGGCUCGGCACUGGGCUGUUGAAAAACUUGUAUCGACAAAACCCUGGAGAUAACUGAAUUUUGCCAUUGAGUGUUUUCUCUUUUCUAAGAAACUCCAGACCAAACGACAACCACCGAUGCUUGAAUUAUAAACCGAUGAGAU